CCGGCCUGAGACUCGAACCCUUAGGAUUACGAGUCAGACUCUCUAACCAUUAGGCCACAACUUGCCCCAGCAAAUUGCUUAUCGAAACCCAAGUUUAAUAUUUCUCUGCAUACAUCAAAGAGAAAGUGGAGUGAAGUGUCGAGCGUUGUGUAACGUGUAGUGUUGUGUAUGGAGGCCGUUGUUCUGCUGUAUACUGACUUUAAUGGAACUCGAGCGCAGUGUGAAUAAAGAUGGUUGUAAUUGUUGGAAUGUUACUGAGCAGGUUUCAUAGCUUUCCACUGAGUCAUGGUUCCUGUACUGCGCUUUAUCACAGCUGAUUCAGUGUCACUGCAGUUGUCCACAAUUACCUGUACGUUCUCACAUCGACACGCCACACCAGUGUGGACUCUGAUCUCUACGACAGCAUGCGUGCUGAUUGGUCAGAAGGUGGUGAUUCACUUCCAUGUAGCAACGACUCCGACAGUAGAGCAGCUCCACCUUCUGACCAAUCAGAACGCACGUUAUCGUAAGGCUCAGAGUCCAUUUUUUUAUAAUAUAUAAUAUUGAAUUUUUUUUUUCUUCUCCAAACAUCCGAAUCAAUCCCACACGUUACACACCUCCGGUGCGUCCUGAUUACAGGAAGUGGAGUAAUGCAUGAAAGCUUUUGACAGAUGCGACGUCCGUGCUCCUUCACACACUCCACUUAAUAAUUCUUUUCCCCAUUUUUACGCUUCAUUUCCUCUGGAGUGUCGAUUCUUCACUUUGAUUCAUGCUGAGGAAAGGUGAGAGCUCCAGAGAAUGCAUUUGUGUGAAGAUGGGUCAGGGCCUGUGGAGGGUGGCGAGGAACCAGCAGCUGCAGCAGGAGUACAGUGAGCAGUGUUACCUCCAGCGCAGUGAGCGUCGUCGCAGGAUGGAGCCGCUGCUGAGCGAGACACCGCUGCAGACGCGCCGCGCACUGCAGUGUCACGCCGACCUCGGACACCUGCUGCGCGCACGCAAGGGCAAAGAGGAGCAGGGCUUCAUCGACCUGGAAAUGCUGCCCCCAGAGCUCAGCAUCACCAUCCUGUCCUACCUGAACGCCACCGACCUGUGCCUGGCCUCCUGUGUGUGGCAAGAGCUGGGCAAUGACGAGUACCUGUGGCAGGGUCUGUGCAAGUCCACUUGGGGUCACUGUUCCAUCUACAACCGUCUCCUUCCCCCCGGUUUCUCCUACAGAAAACUCUACAUGCAGCUCGAUGAAGGAAGUCUGACGUUCAACGCUAACCCCGAGGAGGGUAUCACUUACCUCAUGUCCAAAAGUAUUCUCCUGGAUCACCCGAAGGAAAUCGCCAAGUUCAUAUUCUACACCAGAACACUGAACUGGAAGAUGCUGCGUGUUUAUCUUGAUGAACGCCGCGACGUGCUGGACGAGCUGGUCACACUACACAACUUCAGUAACCAGUUCCUCCCCAACGCACUGAGGGAUUUCUUCAGACACAUUCACGCCCCCGAGGAGCGCGGCGAGUACCUGGAGACGCUAAUCACUAAGUUCUCACACCGUUUCUGUGCCUGUAACCCCACGCUGGUGAGGGACGUCGGCCUCACGCCCGAUGCCGUGUACGUGCUGUGCUACUCGCUCAUCCUGCUCUCCAUCGAUCUGAGCAGCCCACACGUCAAGAACAAGAUGUCCAAGCGCGAGUUCAUCCGCAACACACGCCGCGCCGCACAGAACAUCAGCGAGGACUUUGUGGGACACCUGUACGACAACAUCUAUCUGAUCGGACACGUGGCUGCCUAACAGAUCACACACACACACACACACACACACACACACACACACACACACACACACACACACUGGCCAAUAAAACACUGAGCUAUAGCACUGAUGCGCGUUCUGCUAAUACGCAGGGGGUUGAGGAUGGAGAGGAGUCCUAAUCCUGAGGUAUAGAGGCAUGUAGGGAAUGCUAGACAUCACACACACACACACACACACACACACACACACACACAAAUAUGGGUUACCUUAAGCAACCCAAGGCAGAAAAGGGUAGCAACACACACACACACACACACACGCGGCGUAAAACCGCAGAGCCUUUUACUUUUGUAGCCACACGAAGCUAAAUGCAGCCGUGUCAUUAUAAGUCGAUGAACGUCCGUUUUUGAUCUGCGAUCUUUUAAACCUCGCCCGAGUCUGUUCUCUCAUGAUCAUUCCAUCUCGUCUGUUUAUGAAGUUACAGUCUGUGAGUGAGUGAGAUGAUUUUUUUUCCACUCACAGGAAAUGGAUGCAGAGAACAGAUCAACACUUUCUUUUUUUUUCUUUUCCCCCCUUCAAUCCGUAUCGGACCAAAGAGCCUUCGAUGCUUAUAUAAUUUUUUUUUUAUAUAAACAACGAUGAAGAUUCCCAACACCGAUCACAGUGUAAACGGCUCGAAGCUGUUGUACUUGAGACGUGUGUGUUAUAAUCUUAAAGGUCCGAGGCCGUGACCUGGUGUUAGCAGGUUCUGUUUUGCUGCCUCACGGCUCCAGGUUCCAUCUUCGUCACUGCUCUGGAUGUCUUUUUGUCUGCUCUGCGCACUUGGGUGCCGGUGUGUCAUCCCGGCCGCAUUCCCAGAUUCGCCACGGCCCUGAAGAUCCAAAGAACGAACUAACGAACUCGAAUCCAGUACGAAGGAACAGUUCAUUUAAUUUCUCGGUCCAUCCGAGUUGACUUAGUGUGACCCGUGUGUAUGUGUGUAUGUGUAUGUGUGAUGUGAACACCUCGGCUCGCCCGGCCGGCUUCCCCCGACCCCUCCUUCCUGCUGCCUAUAUAAACUGUUGCUGCUGCUUCUGCUGCGUAACACAAGCGAGUAUCUCACACUGUUACUGUUCGUUUGAUCAAGAGCACUUUAACUUUAACCUAACACAUGUAGUAGGAUUCGUGUGUAAUAUCGAAUCCCUCCUUAAACCAGGCUCCUCUCUAAUCUGAAGGAGCUCCACACUAGUGCCAAUAGCAACGCUGAAGCGUGUACACUGACGUGACAUCGUCCGCAUCACGUAGGAGAAACCGAUAUGAAUAAUACGACUUGUUUUAUUUGCACAUCAUGUACAUAUUUAAGUAUAGAGGUUUAUACAGAAAUCAGAUUUUAUUUUUCAAAGAUUUUAGCUAAUUUUUUUGGAUGGUUUUUCUUUCCCUUAUUUAAUAAGGUGACUACUCUUUUUGCACUUAUGAAAAUGUUUGCCAUCCCUCUUCGUCUGUGUGUCUUUCUCUCUCUCUCUCUCUCUCUCUCUCUCUCUCUCUCUCUCUCUCUCUCUCUCACACACACACACACAC